AGGAAGUGCUGUGUUGCAGUCCGGAGGUCCUGUGACUGCUGUUGACGCAGUUGGUGGUGUUGUGGAGGGCGGUGAUGGCUGAGGGUCGGCAGUGGCAGUGGCAGUGGCUGUGUCUGUGGCGGUGGCGGUGUGUGUGUCUGUGUCUGAUCUCCUGCGGCUCUGUCAGUCUGUCCUUCUCGGGCAGUCGGAGCUGUUACAGACCUCUCCCCAACCGCACGGCGCUGGGAGUCAAGACGUAUCCUCGCCCCCACGAAUACCUAUCCAUUUCAGCUUUGCCCAAGAGCUGGGACUGGCGUAAUAUCAAUGGCAUCAACUACGUGAGCACCACCAGGAACCAACACAUCCCCCAGUACUGCGGCUCCUGCUGGGCUCACGGUUCCACCAGCGCCCUGGCAGAUCGGAUCAACAUCAAGCGUAAAAGUGCCUGGCCGUCCGCCUACCUCUCCGUGCAGAACGUGAUUGACUGUGCUAAUUCCGGCUCCUGUGAAGGUGGGGAUCACAGUGGCGUGUGGGCAUAUGCCAACACCAAUGGCAUUCCCGACGAAACCUGUAACAACUACCAGGCUAAAGACCAGACUUGCAAGCCAUUUAAUCAGUGUGGCACCUGCACAACUUUCAAUGUCUGCAAUGUGGUGCGAAAUUACACCCUGUGGAAGGUGGGAGACUACGGCUCCGUCAAUGGAAGAAAGAAGAUGAUGGCAGAGAUCUACACCAAUGGGCCCAUCAGCUGUGGCAUUAUGGCCACCCAAAAACUGGAAGCCUACACAGGGGGUGUGUAUAGCGAAUACCAGCUGGACCCCGAAAUAAACCACAUUCUCUCAGUGGCCGGGUGGGGCACGGACUCGGAUGGAGUUGAGUACUGGAUUGUCCGCAACUCCUGGGGGGAACCAUGGGGCGAACAUGGCUGGCUGAGGAUCGUCACCAGCGCCUACAAAGGAGGGGAGGGCAACUCCUACAACCUGGCCAUCGAGGAUAACUGCAUGUACGGAGACCCCAUCUUACCCUAGAUGACGGUCGUGUUUCCACAUGGCGACACAGAAACCACUGUGAGCUACUCCACGGGGAAGCUUCCCACUAAUCAAAAGUCGAUCAUAAACAUAAAGUGUUCAGGAUUUUCCAAAUUUUCUGCUUUUGUGAGACAAUCCAGGGACUGCGCAAAUGAUUUUUAACCCAAGUCAAGCUGAACAAAGAGAAAUAAAUGACAGGGUUUGUAGGGCAGCAUAGAACCCCAUCUCUUGUCAUCCAUCUGUCACCCUCCCGCCCCACCCCACCCCGGGUCUCUCCCUGCUUCCGCCUGGUGCGAGACGAGGGUACCUCCUUUACACACCCAAGUGCUUUUAAACUGAAGCUGUGCUCCUUUCCCUACUCCCCCCACCCCACAACACCCCCCAGCCCAGCAACAAGAGGUUGGGAUGGAAGCUUUAUUUCUUAUUUGUGGGCCUCUUAAAGAUUGACAUCAUGUACAGAAAGCAACAGUAACUGAAUUAAGUUUUGCUGGAAAAACUGAAUUAAAAAUGGAAGAAUUUCUAA